CUAGGCAUUUCCGGCUAGAAAGUCGUGUUUUUGUGUGUAUAUUUAUCAAGUGCAAGUGUGACUUUAGUUUAGGUUAAAUUAAAUAACUAUGUCUGAGAAAGAACUAAUAGCAUGUUCUUUACUUCUGCGAGAGUACUUUGGAGAAAUUGUAGAAGCUGUUAGCAUGUACUUGGCGAGGAAAGGCUCAACACCACUCAGAGUCUUAGUAGAUGAAACCAAGUUAAACAUUGACAAGGUCAGGAAGGCACUGUGUGUUUUGACUCAACAUAACAUGGUGACAUUUGAUCGGCACAAGCGAGGCUUUGUGAUGUACACCAUAGAUGUUAAGGAAGUUCUUCUACUUGCAAGGUAUACUCGCUACAUAUACUGUGCAAAGACACUAUACGGGGAUGCUGCUGAGCUCAUUGCAGAGGAGAUGCUUCUUCAUGGACAAGUUGGCAUGGAAAGUGUGUGCCAAAAAGUGGAAAACAGACUCAAUGAAGCUCUUGAUGAAGGGAAGCACGUCAGCUCAAAUUCAGUGACUGAGAAAUUUGCCAACUUGGCCCAGACACACUUCAUUCAACGCAGUGCUAUGGUAAAGGAGGAUGAGGAUGAUGCAGCUUGCUCUGCUACUAUGCCAGUGUUGGUCAGUAGUGCAGACAACCAGUUCACAAUAUCUGCUGAAGAAUCUGAUGAUAGCAGAAAAAGGAAAAGGGAGGAAGGAACUAGCACACAGAGCAAGAAACACAAAACUGGCAACGAAUAUGAAUUAUCAGAAUGUAAUAACUUGUGGAAAGUUAACUAUGACCGCUUUCAUCAACACUUUCGGGACCUGGCUAUCAUAUCAGCUGUCGCCAAUAAAAUUGACAAGCGAGCAGGUGAAGUGAUGAGGACAAUGUUGCGGAUUAGCGAGGUGAAAAGUGAUCCGAUAGCUGAAGUCUCGGCACCAAUGUCCAGCAACGAAAUCUUUCAAGCUCUACCGAAAGAGUUGGGCAUCAAGAGCAGUGAUGUGGACCAGUACCUGAAUCUGCUCACUGAGGAUUCUGCAGAGUUUGUGGGAAAGUUGGGGGAGAGCGGCGGUGGCACAUACACUGUCAACAUAAAGAAGGCCAUAACAGAGCAGGCAAAGGCCACUAUUGAAUCCGUUGUGCAGGAAAGGUUUAGCUCGAAGGCAGCACGAAUAUUUAGACUACUGCUGAGGAAGAAAUACUUAGAGCAGAAGCAAAUUGAGGAGUGUGCUAUGAUUCCAGCUAAGGAAGCUAAGGACUUAACCUACACCCUAUUUGCUGAAGCCUUCCUCUCUCUCCAGGAAAUACCACGCACCCCUGAUCAUGCUCCAUCCAGAACUAUCUACCUGUUUACAGUCAAUAUUACUCAAGUGUGCAGGAUGCUGCUUGACAGAUGCUAUAAGGCACUCUCCAACAUUGUAAGCAAGCGACAUCACGUGGUUAAAGAAUUUAAACGCCUCUUGGAAAAGCAGCAGCGGGUAGAGGCAAUCGUGGCUUCACUCAAGACUUCUGGGUCAGACGAGGCACAGAUACGUGAGGUAGAGGAGAUGAUAACACCUCCCGAGCGCACCCAGCUUCAAAAAGUGGAGCACAUGACCACCAAAUUAGAACAAAGCAAAAUACAGCUGGAUGAGACCAUCUUCAUUCUUAGGCUCAACCUCUCAUAUUGUGUGAGAUAGCAAUAUUGCUGGAGGUAUGGAUACUGCCUUGAACCAGCGCGCCCACUUACCUACUUGAAACGUGCCACUUAUCACCUAGCAAUACAUAGACAUGUUAUUACAGGGAAAACGUUUAGCAAUGUGUUUUCAUAGCUUCUUCUUAACCAUUUGAAACGAUGGCGACUUGUUUGGCAUAUCAAGUGGUUGGAUGUUAAGACUUCAUGGGCACUGAUAACAGUUCUAUGAAAAUGCCACAGUAGUUUUGCUGGUAUAUGUAGUUUGAUGCAUCAUUUAUCAUUGGUGUGAUGUAUAUAAUUAAGAUGAAUAGGAUGUAAAAUAAAGUAAUACUUCUUAUUUAUAUGCAUA